AUGGGAACCAACCUCACCUUCCACGACUCCCAUCUCGUCACCCGCGAGACCCGGGAAGAAAUCCAUGGCCAGAAAGGUUUCACCAUCUGGCUCACCGGUCUCUCUGCGUCCGGCAAGUCUACCAUCGCCGUCGAGUUAGAGCACGAGCUGCUCACCAAGCGCGGUGUCGCCGCCUACCGCCUUGACGGAGACAACAUCCGUAUGGGCCUCAACAAGGGUCUGGGCUUCACUGCCGAAGAUCGCACAGAAAACAUUCGCCGUAUCGGACAUGUCGCUAAGCUCUUUGCCGACAGCAACAUGAUUGCCAUCGCUUCAUUUAUCUCCCCGUACGCAGAGGACAGACAGGCUGUUCGUGAUGUGCACGCACUAAGCCCAGAGGGCAAGGAGACAGACAAACAACUGCGAUUCAUCGAAGUUUAUGUCAAGGUCAAUGUUGAAACCGCUGCGGAGAGAGACCCCAAGGGAUUGUACGCGAAGGCCUUGGCUGGGGAAAUACAACACUUCACUGGUGUCAGCCCCGAUGCACCCUACUUUGCGCCGAAGAACCCUGAGAUUCUUUUAGAGAACGACAACCUGAAAAUCAAGGACGCUGUUAAGCAGAUCAUGGACUACCUUGACGAGCAAAAACUCCUCCCAACUCCCGCACAGGCUCUCGAGGCCGCUGCCAAGAAGAUCACCAGCAUCGCGCAGAAUAUCCCAGCUGCUCCAGCUCCAGCUGCCCCAGAAGCCACUGAAGUUCCAGCUACCACAGAAAUCCCAGUUGUUUCAGAAGCCCCAGCUGCCAAUUAG